CCAAGUCCUCUACUACUCCCCAUUUUCCCUCACUGGUCACUACUCCCUCAGCCUCACCCGCUGCCAAACCAAAAACCAUUCCUCCUUUCCUUCUCUCGCCUUCUUUUGUAUUCUUGGAAGGAAAAUGCCUGCCGGCAUCGGAAAAUGCAGCAAAAUCCGGCACAUCGUCAGACUCAGGCAAAUGCUCCGGAAAUGGCGCCAGAAAGCCGCAUUGGCCGCGCGCAUCUCUUCCCGUGCUCGUAUCCCAUCCGACGUCCCCGCCGGACACGUGGCCGUAUGCGUGGGCCGCAACUACAGAAGAUUCGUGGUGCGGGCGACGUACCUGAACCAUCCCGUCUUCAAGAAACUUCUGGUUCAAGCCGAGGAAGAGUACGGCUUCACCAAUCAAGGUCCGCUGGCGAUCCCAUGCGACGAGUCGCUCUUCGAAGAAAUUCUCCUCUACCUCUCUCGGUCCGAGUCUGCUGCUAACUCUACUCGGUACAGCAACCUAGAGGACUUCCAAAGAUCCUGCCACGCGGGGGGGAUCAGGACCACUUCUCUCGACCUCUGGCCCGAAUCUCGUCCGCUCCUUCACGGCUUUGCUGACAAAUCCAUCUGGUAGUUAAAAACCGUCCCAUUCCUAAGUUGUUAGAGAGCUCCGGCUCUCAAUCGGACUAUUACGGCCGGCGUACCCUCCAAGCAAUUGAAUUCAACCAAUUAUUACUCGACCGGACAACAUAAACUCAAGUGACAACGGCGAUUAACAGAAGGAGGACAUGUGGGUACGAAUCUCCCAAGCUGCACAGGUUUUACCCAGUUGGGCUGUCUGCUUCUUUUUGAUCAAGUGAGUGAUGGAGGAGGAGCUGGUAAUUUGUUUCUUUUU